CGUUACUUACAUCCAGCAGACGUUAUCAAAUUAACCCGCGGGACCCUCCGAGAAACUAAGUGAUUACGAUACAAAUACAUCCUUAAAUCAAAAGAAUGUUAAAUUAUCUAGUUACAGAAUAAUUUGGACAUUAUGAUAUCUCCGUGCUGGUUAUCGGCACUAACUUUCAUCUUGCUGUUGGAUUUAACAUGUGCACGACAGAUAGCAUUAUUGAUUAUUGAUGUCCAAAACUGUUUCCUACCUGGUGGAAGUCUAGCGGUAACCGAAGGAGAUCAGGUGAUACCAUUAAUAAACAAUAUCCGGUCAGAAUUUAAAGCAGACCUUUCAUUGGUGGUUUUAUCACAAGACUGGCAUUGCAGUGACCACAUCUCAUUUGCGUCUCAGCAUAAUGGUGCCAGAAAAGUAAUUCAGCUUUUGUAUGAUAAAUCAGGUUCCUUAUGUGAUGAAAACAACAGUUGCACUGAAGUGGCAUACAAUCUUACACAGCACAUGUGGCCUGACCAUUGCGUUAUAAACACUCCAUCAGCUAACUUUUCACACAACUUGGUUCAUGAGCCAUCCGACCUUGUUGUUAGAAAAGGAUAUAACUGCAAGGUAGAUUCUUAUUCUGCAUUUUACGACAAUGGCGGUUUCCGCCAUACGGAAUUGCACGAUAAGCUCCAGGAAGCCGGAAUAGACGCUUUAAUUAUAACAGGACUGGCACGUGAUUUCUGUGUUUACUAUACAGCAAUGGAUGCUAAGAAACUGGGAUAUGAAACAUACGUUGUAUUAGAUGCGACAAGACCAGUCACCAAGACAACAGGAGAUUCUGCGGUAGCUGAUAUGAAAAUAAAAGGUAUUCAGAUAAUCGAAUCACCAGAUGUAGCUCGGGUAAUUGCUCAGCUGACCAGUGAUGCGAACUAUUUACAUUCAACGUUUAUAUUGAUGAUUUCUAUAAUUCUAUGUUUCUUUAAGUGCUUGUAGUAAAUUGUCAAAUAUAAA